AUGAAUUUUAUUAUUUGGAACAGUAGAGGUGUCCUGAAGCCUUAUUUUCAGGAUCAUAUCCGUAAUUUAGUCCAAGAGCAUAAUCCGGCAAUUCUUGUGGUUAUGGAGACGAAGCUAGGGGGUGAUAGAGCGAAGGCAAUCACUGAUAGGUUGCCGUUCGACGGUGCCAUCCACACAAAUACCAUUGGACUCUCUAGUGGUCUAUGGCUUCUUUGGAAUGCUGACUUAGUAGAAGUGGAAUUACUUGCAAAGACAGAGCAGGAAAUUCACGUUGAAGUUAAGGUACAAGCUUCUAGACUUACUUGGUUAUUUUCUGCUAUUUAUGCCAGUCCUAAGAGUGAGGAGAGAUGUAUAUUGUGGGAGAAUUUAUCUAAAGUUGCAGAUUUGCAUAAGUUGCCAUGGGUCAUUGUUGGUGAUUUUAAUGAGCCGUUAAUUGAUGAGGAUAAAUUCGGAGGUAGAGGGGUUAAUAUUAAUCGAUCUCUGGCUUUUAAGGAUUGCCUUGAUAGAUGUAGUAUGGUGGAUAUGAGAUUUUCGGGUCCCAAAUAUACUUGGUCUAAUAAGAGAGAUAUCAGUAAGUUAAUUCUUGAAAGGAUAGAUAGAUUUUUUAUGAACUUUGAUUGGUGCGUCGUUUACCCGAAUGCCAGAGUAACCCACCUCCCUAGGUGUCACUCUGAUCAUUACCCAGUUCUCAUGGAAGCGGCACCAGCCAGUACAUUCAAGCUCAUCAGGCUGUUCCGGUUUCAAGAAUUUUGGCUUUCUGACACCUCCUUUCCCAACAUUGUUUCCAAAGCUUGGAAUGGGAAUAGAGAUUUAUCAGAGUCCAUCGAUUGUUUCUCUAAAGAUGCUUCUGUGUGGAACAAAAACCACUUUGGCAACAUCCAUCUGAGGAAAAGGAGAAUUUUGGCUAGAAUUUAUGGCACUCAAAAGGCGCUGUCCAAUAAUCCUAGCUCCUCUCUUAUUUGUCUUGAGAAGCAGCUCCUUAGUGAAUUGGAAACUAUUUUGGACCAAGAGCGUGAUCUUUGGCUGUUGAAGUCUAGGUUAAACUGGAUGAUCUAA